CUUGUUCACUCCGUUCCGCAGGCACAUCUCGCGAGGCUGCAGGCAGGGCAGGGCCCGACAUGGCGGAAGAGGAGGUGGCCAAGUUGGAGAAGCAUUUGAUGCUUCUUCGGCAAGAGUACGUCAAGCUGCAGAAGAAACUGGCAGAGACGGAGAAAAGAUGCGAGCUUUUGGCUGCACAGGCAAACAAGGAGAGUAGCAGUGAGUCCUUCAUCAGCCGCUUGCUGGCAAUAGUGGCAGGUCUCUAUGAGCAGGAGCAGUACAGUGAUUUGAAGAUCAAGGUUGGGGGCAGGCACAUCAGUGCUCACAAGUUUGUCCUGGCAGCUCGCAGUGAUAGCUGGAGUCUGGCCAACUUGUCUUCCACAGAGGAGCUAGACUUGUCAGAUGCGAAUCCUGAGGUGACAAUGACCAUGCUUCGCUGGAUCUAUACCGAUGAGUUAGAGUUCAGAGAGGAUGAUGUGUUCCUGACUGAGUUGAUGAAACUGGCUAAUCGCUUUCAACUCCAGCUCCUUAGGGAGAGAUGUGAGAAGGGUGUUAUGUCUCUGGUGAAUGUUAGGAACUGCAUUCGCUUCUAUCAAACUGCCGAGGAAUUAAAUGCCAGCACACUGAUGAACUACUGUGCAGAAAUUAUUGCAAGUCACUGGGAUGACUUGCGAAAGGAGGACUUCAGUAGCCUGAGUGCUCAGUUGUUAUACAAAAUGAUCAAAUCCAAGACAGAGUACCCACUACAUAAAGCUAUCAAAGUGGAGAGAGAAGAUGUAGUCUUCCUCUAUCUUAUUGAAAUGGAUUCUCAGCUCCCUGGGAAGCUGAACGAAAUGGAUCAUAAUGGAGAUCUUGCAUUAGAUCUGGCUCUUUCACGGCGACUAGAGAGUAUUGCUACCACUCUGGUUAGUCAUAAAGCUGAUGUGGACAUGGUAGACAAGAAUGGCUGGAGCUUGUUACAUAAAGGAAUCCAAAGAGGAGAUCUCUUUGCUUCUACAUUCCUCAUUAAGAACGGGGCCCUUGUCAAUGCUGCCACAUUGGGGGCCCAGGAGACCCCGUUACACCUUGUAGCGUUGUAUAGUUCAAAGAAAUACUCAGCAGAUGUGAUGUCUGAGAUGGCGCAGAUUGCAGAGGCCCUCCUACAGGCUGGCGCCAACCCCAACAUGCAGGACAGCAAGGGCAGGACUCCCUUACACUUGUCCAUCAUGGCCAGGAAUGAAUAUGUGUUCAACCAGCUGCUGCAGUGUAAACAGUUAGACUUAGAGCUGAAGGAUCACGAGGGCAGUACUGCGCUCUGGCUUGCCGUCCAGUACAUCACCGUGUCUUCUGACCAGUCCGUCAACCCCUUUGAAGACCUUCCUGUGCUGAACGGAACGUCCUUUGAUGAGAACAGCUUCGCAGCCAGGCUCAUCCAACGCGGCAGCAACACUGAUGCUCCAGAUGCAGUGACGGGAAAUUGUCUACUACAGCGAGCAGCCGGGGCAGGAAAUGAGGCUGCAGCUCUUUUCCUGGCUACCAGCGGUGCCCAUGCCAACCACAGGAACAAAUGGGGAGAAACUCCUUUGCAUACAGCUUGUCGGCAUGGGCUGGCCAACCUCACAGCAGAGCUCCUGCAGCAAGGUGCCAAUCCAAACCUGCAGACUGAGGAGGCUCUGCCUGUGCCUAAAGAGACUCCGGUCCUAAUGGGUUCUGCAGAUGGCAUCUACCUGCAGACACCGUUGCACAUGGCAAUUGCCUAUAACCAUCCAGAUGUGGUAUCUGUCAUUCUGGAGCAAAAAGCCAAUGCUCUUCAUGCCACCAACAACUUAGGGCAUGUUUAUUUCCCAGGCAUGCACACAAUCGCUGCCCAGCUUCUGGGCUCUGGAGCAUCUAUCAAUGACACCAUGUCAGAUGGGCAGACUUUGCUGCACAUGGCCAUACGGAGGCAGGACAGUAAGAGUGCACUCUUCCUCCUGGAGCACCAAGCCGAUAUAAACGUCAGGACUCAGGAUGGGGAGACUGCCCUUCAGCUGGCUAUCAAAAAUCAGCUUCCACUAGUAGUUGAUGCCAUAUGUACUCGAGGAGCUGACAUGUCUGUGCCAGAUGAAAAAGGGAACCCACCACUGUGGCUUGCCUUGGCAAGUAAUCUGGAAGACAUCGCUUCCACUCUGGUCAGACAUGGUUGUGAUGCCACAUGCUGGGGCCCAGGACCCAGUGGGUGUCUUCAGACACUUCUGCACAGAGCCAUUGAUGAAAACAAUGAGUCCACUGCCUGCUUUCUUAUUCGAAGUGGCUGUGAUGUGAAUAGUCCCAGACAACCAGGUACUGAUGGAGAAGGAGAAGAGGAGGCAAGAGAUGGGCAGACCCCCCUGCAUUUGGCAGCCUCAUGGGGGCUGGAAGAGACAGUUCAGUGUCUUUUGGAAUUCGGUGCCAAUGUCAAUGCACAGGAUGCAGAAGGAAGAACACCUAUCCAUGUGGCCAUCAGCAACCAGCAUAGUGUCAUCAUUCAGCUGUUGAUUUCUCACCCUAACAUUGAGUUGAGUGUACGAGACAGACAAGGGCUGACCCCGUUCGCCUGCGCCAUGACUUACAAGAACAAUAAGGCAGCUGAGGCCAUUCUAAAGCGAGAGUCUGGGGCUGCUGAGCAGGUAGAUAAUAAAGGUCGGAAUUUUCUUCACGUGGCAGUUCAGAACUCUGACAUCGAAAGUGUCUUGUUCCUGAUCAGUGUCCAGGCCAAUGUGAACUCCAGAGUCCAGGAUGCUUCCAAGUUGACCCCACUGCACCUUGCUGUUCAAGCAGGCUCAGAGAUCAUUGUCCGAAAUCUGCUUCUUGCAGGAGCCAAAGUGAAUGAAUUAACCAAGCAUCGUCAGACCGCCCUCCAUCUUGCUGCCCAGCAGGACCUGCCCACCAUCUGCUCAGUCCUUCUAGAGAAUGGAGUGGACUUUGCUGCUGUGGAUGAGAAUGGAAAUAAUGCUCUUCAUCUUGCGGUCAUGCAUGGUCGACUCAACAACAUCCGAGCUCUUCUGACAGAGUGCACAGUGGAUGCUGAAGCCUUUAAUCUGAGAGGCCAGUCACCACUACACAUUCUGGGACAAUAUGGCAAAGAGAAUGCAGCAGCCAUCUUUGAUCUCUUCUUAGAGUGCAUGCCUGAAUAUCCUCUGGACAAACCAGAUGCAGAAGGUAACACAGUGCUGCUCUUAGCAUACGUGAAAGGGAAUGCCAACUUGUGCCGUGCCAUCGUUCGGUCUGGGGCUCGCCUUGGGGUGAAUAAUAACCAAGGAAUCAACAUUUUCAAUUACCAGGUUGCCACUAAGCAGCUUCUGUUUAGAUUACUAGAUAUGCUCUCCAAGGAGCCUCCGUGGUGUGACGGCUCCAACUGCUAUGAGUGCACUGCCAAGUUUGGAGUCACAACUCGCAAGCAUCACUGUCGUCACUGCGGCCGUCUUCUCUGCCAUAAAUGCUCAACCAAGGAGAUCCCUAUUAUAAAGUUUGACCUGAACAAGCCUGUGCGGGUUUGCAACAUUUGCUUUGAUGUACUGACUCUGGGUGGAGUCUCUUAGUGAGCCCCCAAGAGGGUCCAGGCCUGCAUCCCCUGGUACCUCCCCCAGCAGCUGCUCUACUCACCAGCCUGCCUCCUACCCAGAGCAAGAGCUGGCAGUUGUCUUCCUCUGUGGCAGAAGACUGGAACAAUUACAGACCAUGGUGUGAUCCCAUUUCAGAUGAUCCUGUAUGACUGUGUCAAACUGUGGUCUAUUGCACUAGAUGUCUCACUGGUUGGACCAGGCCAGUGUAGCCUGGGUGACUCAUGUGACAGGCAUCGGCUAGCAGCACAUAAGGACACUUGGAGUCAAUGUUCCCUUCUGAUAGUAUAGCGUCCAUCUCGGAGAAUUCACAGUCUUCCUGCCUGGGCUGACUCAGAGGCAGAGCCUGACAGAGUAGAGAGCAGCUGCCAGACAGAGCUGAUUACUCUAGGGUGGUGGCUUCUCUGCGUGGCUAUGGCCUUUAAUGCACAGUGUUUUCAUAAAGAUAAUAGGAACCUCUUGCCCUCAAGUCUUUUCUUUCUUUUUUAAGCUAAGCUGUAUUUUUUAGUGAGCUGCCCCUUUUAAAAAGGUGAAAUCUUUCUAAACAGGGUUCAAAGAUGAGAGCUGAAAAAUUGUGGCCUUAACAACCGAAAGCUUUACCAAUGUUGAUACUGCUGGGUGUCAGAGUGCAGUGGCAGCUUGACACCUAGCAGCUGUCUCAUUCUCUCGUCUUGCUGCGUCCUGUCUGUGGAGUCCUCAGUCGCUGCCACUUGAGUGGUAGAAGAAAUGCACUUUGACUGUGCUGCACUUUUUCUAAAGCUGCAUCAUUGGUGAAUCCAACUCAAAAAUCCCUUCACAUCCCUUCUAUAGUGGCUCUGAUGGCCAGCUCGGACUAAACCUCAGCACACACUGAUCUUAAAGGGAAAACUGCCAAGAAGGAAGAAACUCAUACUGAUGAGAAAGAUGAGUAUGACUUCAGUCCAGGUCCUCCCUCCCUGACACAUCCUUCCUGCUAAAAGCUUGCCAUGCAUGCUGAGUGCUGCUGGGGCCAGCUGAGUAGUGCCCUGCCCAUCAGAGCCAGCAGCCAGGGCCCUGGCCAAACUAUGAGCAGCCUGUUUUGGAAGUCUGGCUGAAAUGUGGAGCAAGGCUCUGAAGCACAGGGCGUUGGUUCUUCCUGCUGCCUGUAUUAACCCUGGGAUGCUGGGCCUCUUUCUUUUUAAUGUUUGGCCAGUGUUUGGGGUUGUUUAUGGUUUGGAAUUUAAUUUUUUUUUCAAUUUUAUUAUAUUGCACACUGAAGGAGAAAGUUCCUACUACUUUUUUUUUUAAAGAAACAAAAACACAACUACUCUGAGAUGAACACUAGUUAUACUCAGAUUAACAAUGUCAAUCCCACACACUGAUCUUUUUGAGACAUUUAAUAGCCCCCCAUUAUUUGCAUUAAUGGAGUUCAGAUGUAUGAAUAAAAGGGACUUCUUUUGGCAUCGAUUUCUUUCUUGGAUAGUGGUAUGUCCUCCAUUCUGUAGAGUUAGACUUUUUAACUGCCUACAUACAUAGAAAAUGUGCUGAGAAACCAGUGUGCUACUUCCUGAAAAUACUUGUGUGAUUUAUAUGUUUAAUAUUAGCUUGUAUGCAGGGGUUGAAAGGAAGAGUUACUUGGAGGAGUGCCACUGUCCCCUAGCCUGUGACUUACUUCAUAGGGAAUUUUUAUGGAAAUAUUUAGCCAGUCUUGGCCAGCAACUAUAUGAAGGAAGCAUGUGGUCUGUUUCCAAUUUAUUGUUGCCUAAAGGAGAUCACAGAGCCCUAGAAUUUAGUUGGUACCAUGAUUUUUUUUUUUUUUUUUUUUAAUGAGGAAGGUAAUUAUGGUUCUGCUAUGAACCAAGGUGGUUGGUACACAUAAACUUGUUUUUUUUAUGAUCACAGUGGAGAGGGGAAAAUAGGAAAUCAGGAUGAAGCCGACCAUUUUGUCCUUGCCCUACAACACCAGUUUCAGUAACAGUUUUGCCUAUAACUGUACUUAAAACCUGAAGAUCAUGCCCCAAAAUAUGUGGGUUCAAGCUUCUAUUCCUUCAGAGGUCAACAUAGUGACCAGCUAUGGCGGAAAGAGGCUGUGUGACUUGGGCAUUGGUACCCAUGCUGUAGACAUGGCUCAGGCAUCCUUGCACAGCCUGACCAUGCCAUCCAUGCUCCCUGCCCUACACUCCUGCUGUGCACUGCCCUGGCCAGGACCAGACUUCUGUGUCUUUCCUGUGCUCUCUCCGUGCUGACCAGACUUCACCAUGAAACUGCUUAGCUGUUCUUGUUCAGUCUUAAUCAGUACCUUGACAACUUGCAGCAAAACUUCAUUUUAUUAAUUCAAAAGGUUGCCAGUUGUGAAUGAGCAGAGCAGGAAGAAUCAACAUCACUGAAACACAACUGCUGCAUCAGUUAGCACUGCUGUGCUUGCCUAGCUGUUUAACUGCUCUUAUGCAUCUCUAGUCUUACGGUGUACUGCAUCAUUAGGGCUUUUGUUUUUUUAAAGACAGGUACAAACCAUGUGCUGAAACUAGUUUGCUAUGAUCCUCUAACAGCGAUGUCCCACCAGCUUAAGUGCCUACACUGAGGACUCCCUUGUUUCCAGUUGUCUUUCACUGGUGUCUCACUCAGUGAUGUGUUACAACACUAGUUCUGGGCCUAUUCCACCCCAAAAACCAAUUCAGUCAAGGCUGAAUAUUAGACUGCUCAGUUCACCUGCCAUAUUCUCUCCAAGGAGUGGGGUCCACAUGAUGUUUUUAUCCUCUACCUCAGAGCCCUGAGUUGUUUCUGACUGUCAGCUUCCUCCUUUUCCUUGAAUGGGUCUUUCAGGGAACUGGGUGUGUGGUCUCACUGCCCUUCCCAAGUCGUGCCUGCCCCCCAUACUCAACUGUUCCAGCCCUAGGCUUGUUCGCAGACAAGGGGUGGAUGGCAAAGCCUCCAUCUAGGAUUUCCUUACUUGGAGAAAAGAACUUGGCUGAACUGCCAAAUACUUCGGCCUGAGAGGCAGCAAUAGCAUCAUGUACAAGUACAUGUAUGCCUCCCUCACAAACACGGGCUUCCUUCAGGUCCAGCCCCCUAGAGCCACCUGAAGCCAAAGAGUUCCCUUGCCAGCCCAACAGAGGAAGCAGCUCAGCAAAGGCCUCUGAGCCAUGCUCACUACAGAACUGAUCUAAUGAAAACCUGAGUGUGUGACUGGUUAACUAAAUAGUUAAAUUCCCAAGGUCAAAGAUGCCUUAAAGCCUUUCUCUGGAGGAUCACUGCCUAUACAGUUCCUCUUUCGUGUGGCGUAAAUAAUACAUUAACUGUUACAACUGACAGCACUGGUUUUCUAUAGCAAGGGAGUCUGGGGAUGGCUGGACUUACUGACUUGCCUGUUUGUGAGCCGUGUGGAGCUGGGUGUUCUGUGACAUCCUUGUAGGACCAAGGACAAGGCAGCAGCUGGGCCUUUAAAACUGCAGGCACAUGUUUGGAUAGAUCACUUUGGCUUCCAAACCACUCUGGUGGUGCUCAGUGUGGGAAUGACAGCAUCAUCUGGGACCAUGGCGCUUAGCAGCAUUGUUUCUUUGGAGUCUGUGUAAUGGAAUGUAUUUUUCAAAUAUUGAUAUUUUCAUUUUCUGUAAUAAUUCCUUAUAAUAAAAAUGAGGCAAAAUUGUGAAUCUUAA